AUAUGCACCAACACUUUCAACUCACUGCAGCCACUGAAAGAAAAGCCACAAUCCCACCCACCCAAGAAUAAGCUUUUGGCAGAGCUGAGGUUGGAGGUAGGAGCGGAGGAGGGGCAUAUAACCAUAUUUCCCAAUCAACCAUAUAUUAUGGCUACUAAGAGCACCUCAAAUUCAAAGAUCAUUACAUGCAAAGGGGCAGUGGUGUGGGGAAAAGGGGAAGGAGUGAAGGUGGAGGAGAUACAAGUAGAUCCUCCAAAAUCAUCUGAAGUCAGGGUUAAGAUGCUCUUCGCCAGCCUUUGCCACACGGAUCUCCUUUGCUGCGACGGACAUCCACUCCCUUUGUUUCCCCGAAUUCCUGGACAUGAAGGUGUUGGGAUAGUGGAGAGCGUUGGAGAAGGAGUGAGGGAGGUGAAAGAAGGAGAUACAGUGAUGCCGACGUACAUAGGGGAGUGCGGUGAAUGCGCGAAUUGCAGCAGCUCCGUAACCAACUCCAACUUAUGCCUCACCCACCCUUUACCCUUCGAUGGCCUAAUGCCCGAUGGAACAUCAAGGUUGUCCAAGGCCGCCGCCACCACCACCACCACCACCACAGCGGCGGCAGCAGCAGCAGGAGACCCAGACCAGAAGCAGAUGACGAGGAUCUACCACCACUUCACAUGUUCCACGUGGUGCGAAUACAUAGUCAUCGAUGUUCAUUACGUUGUGAAACUUGAUCCCAGGAUUCCUCUUCCACAUGCCAGCUUCUUGUCCUGUGGCUAUUCUACUGGUUUUGGGGCUACCUUUAAGCAAGUCGUCAUUUGUAAGGGCUCCACCGUUGCUGUCUUGGGUCUCGGUGCUGUUGGACUUGGGGUGGUAGAGGGAGCAAGAAUGCAAGGGGCAGGGAGAAUAAUAGGGGUAGACAUAAAUGAAAGAAAGCGAGAAAAAGGGCUGGUGUUUGGAAUCACCGACUUCAUAAACCCCAGCACCACCACUACAGAUUCAGAUUCUUCUGAAUCUAAAUCUGAACCUGAUGAUCAUGGAAAACAUAAUAGUAACAAUAAUAAUAAUAAUCAUAAUAAAGCUAGUAUUUCAGAAAUGGUAAAAGAGUUGACAGGUGGUAUGGGGGUGGACUACUGCUUCGAGUGUACCGGUGUCCCAUCCUUGGUCAACCAGGCUCUUCUAUCCACUAAACUGGGAAUAGGGACAGCAGUAGCCAUUGGUUCAGGAAAUGAAAAAAGCGGGGAGAUCGACUUAGUUCCCCUCUUGUGUGGUAGGACUCUCAAGGGUUCUAUUUUUGGUGGCAUUAAAGUCAAAUCUGACCUUCCCUUCAUUCUUCACAAAUGCAUAAAUAAGGAACUCAAGCUGGAUGAGCUUUUGACUCACCAAAUUUCACUUGAUGAAAUAAACAAAGCAUUUCACCUAAUGAAGCAGCCAGACUGUGUAAAGGUUCUCAUCAAGUUUUGAGCUCUCUCCCAUAAAUGUUACACCGUAUGUGUAUUAAUAAGAAUAUGUUUAUUAGGUUUUCUUUUCUUACUUUCUUUCUUUUAUUUUUUUCGUUUUGUGUAUCGUAUUAAUAAUCAGACUAUAACAAGCAUGUUUGGGUCGGGUUUUUAUUUAUUUUUUUAUUAUUGUUCUUUUUUGUAUCAUAGAGAAAACAUUUCUAGAAUGAUAUAUAUUAUAUAAUACGGCCUCGUUUGGGAACA